AUGUUGAAAACAUUCAAGUCCUUUAUCAAUGUAAGUAGGGUCACGCUACCUCGCUUCAAAAUUCCUUUUUCCCCGCUCUGCACAACUGCCCCAGGCAACAGUUUCUAUGACAAUGAAUCUGAGAGUAGUGACACUGAGACAGAGUGGGAGAGAUUGCUCAAACCUUUUGACCUAAAACAGCUUAGAAGAUCGCUCACCCCAAUUAGCCCUUUUCAGCUUUGUAAAUUGCUAGCACUCCCUCUCGACAUUCCCACUUCAAUGGAAUUGUUUCAAAGGGCUGGUGUCCAAAAGGGGUAUUGCCACACCUUCGAUGCCUACUAUCUCUUAAUUGAUAAGCUUGGGGCUGUUGGGGACUUCAAAGUUGUAGAAAACUUGUUGAAGCAAAUGAAAGAUGAAGGAGUUGUGUUUAAGGAGUCAAUCUUUAUUUUGAUUAUGAAGUAUUAUGGGAAGGCAGGGUUGCCUGGCCAAGCAACUAGGCUUUUGUUGGACAUGUGGGGUGUUUAUUCCUGUGACCCCACUUUUAAGUCCUACAAUGUUGUGUUGGAGGUUCUGGUUGAUGGUAAUUGUCCCAGGGUAGCACCUAAUGUUUUCUAUGACAUGUUGAGUAGAGGUGUUUCUCCGACCGUGCAUACGUUUGGUGUGGUCAUGAAAGCCUUGUGUAUGGUUAAUGAGGUUGAUUCCGCUAGCUCGCUUCUCAGGGACAUGGCGAAGCACGGGUGUGUUCCAAAUUCGGUCAUUUACCAGACCCUGAUUCAUGCUCUUUGUGAAAACAACAGAGUGAGUGAAGCGAUGCGGCUUUUGGAGGACAUGUUUCUGAUGUGCUGUCAGCCUGAUGUUCAGACCUUCAAUGAUGUCAUCCAUGGCCUCUGCAGGGCCAGCCGGAUUCAUGAGGCAGUGAAGUUGCUUGACCGAAUGCUCCUUCGUGGUUUCAGCGCCGAUGCUCUGACUUAUGGAUAUUUAAUGCAUGGGUUAUGCAGAAUGGGGCAAGUUGAUGUAGCAAGGACCUUGCUGAACAAAAUUCCCAGUCCCAAUACUGUGCUCUAUAAUACAUUAAUCAAUGGAUAUGUUGCUAGUGGAAGGUUUGAAGAAGCGAAGGAUCUUCUGUACAACAGCAUGGUAACUGCAGGUUAUGAGCCUGAUGCCUACACGUUUAACAUAAUGAUUGAUGGACUUUGCAAGAAAGGUUAUUUGGUUUCUGCCCUUGAAUUUUUAUCUGAGGUGGUAGCAAAAGGCUUCGAGCCCAAUGUGAUCACGUACACCAUAUUGAUAAAUGGUUUCUGCAAGCAAGGCAGAUUAGAGGAAGUGGCUGAAAUUAUGAAUAGCAUGUCAGCCAAGGGUCUGAGUCUCACUACAGUGGGGUACAAUUGCUUGAUCUGUGCACUGUCCAAAGAUGGGAAGAUUGAAGAGGCUUUACAACUGUUUCGCGAAAUGUCAAGCAAAGGAUGUAAACCUGACAUUUAUACAUUCAAUUCUUUAAUAAAUGGGCUGUGCAAGAAUGACAAAAUGGACCAGGCCUUGAGUUUGUAUCAUGACAUGUUUUUGGAGGGUGUUAUUGCUAACACAGUAACAUACAAUACGUUGAUCAAUGCAUUUCUUAUGAGAGAUUCAGUUCAUCAAGCAUUUAAGCUUGUCGAUGAAAUGCUAUUUAGAGGGUGUCCUCUAGACAAUAUUACAUAUAAUGGACUUAUUAAAGUGCUCUGUAAAACUGGUGCAGUUGAAAAAGGAUUGGGAUUGUUUGAAGAAAUGCUUGGGAAAGGGAUUUUUCCAACCAUUAUCACUUGCAAUAUUCUGAUCAGUGCCUUGUGCAGAAUUGAAAAAGUAAAUGACGCACUAAAAUUUCUUCGGGAUAUGAUUCAUCGUGGUUUGACACCAAAUAUAGUCACUUAUAACUGCCUGAUCAAUGGUCUUUGCAAGAUGGAUCGUUUUCAAGAAGCACUGAACAUAUUUAACAGGUUACAAGGUGAAGGAAUUUGUCCUGAUAAUAUUACAUAUAACACACUGAUCAGUAGACACUGUCAUGAGGGUAUGUUUAAUGAUGCAUGUCUGCUUUUAUAUAGGGGCGUAGAUAAUGGGUUCAUUCCCAAUGAAAUCACUUGGUCAAUACUGAUAAACUAUUUUGUAAAACAAAUACCAUGGGGAGCAAGAGUUUCUAAGGAUUAUAUGGUUGAAUUUGGAGCUUCUUCUUCUUGA